UAUUAAGAUGUUAUUUUAUUGCAACUUAAAAUACAAACCCGCAACAGGUAACCAACUAAAAAAUAACAGCACCGUGGGAAUAAAACCCGCAUCCCAAACGGAACCCAAACUUCACAGCUAGAAAAACAAUGCAAAAAGGUUUUUAUCUAUCGACCAUCGAGUUCCAGUUAAAAUAGACAAAUUCUACCUGACCUGACUCACCGCGUUCGCGCCAUAAUGACCAGAACUGUCAUUCUACCGCGCAUGCGCGCCGAGCUCGCACGAAACCCGCGUGUGCCCGCCAUUUUUAAUUAACAUCAGUGUAAACACACAAGUUUUGAAUUAAAAAAGUGUUAAAGUGAUAAAAGUGACAAUGGUGCGUACUUUUAAACUAGUGGGGUGUUUCAAAGUGCCGAAACGUGGUAGUAAAGUGGUACCGGCGUCGAGUGGCGAGGGAAUUUUCACAAUCGACAUGUCUUCGACGUCUACUUUGGAUGUUGUUACAGCGUCGGAGCAGCGUGCGACCGCCCCCGAGGAGAUGCAGGCGCGGCACAGCCUCCUGUGGCAUCUGCUGAUAGACCUGCCCAUACUCCUGCUUGUUGCAGCAGUAUGCAUCUUGCUGGAGGUGGGGGCGCUGCCGAGCCGGCGCGCUGGCUUCACCUGUAACGACCCCGCGCUCUCCUACCCUCACACCGGAGACAGCUUCUCCAUAUCCCUGGUGGCUGCCAUCACCAUCAUCGUGCCUUACUUAGUUCUAUGGGCAGUAGAAACAACCUUACAACAAGAAGAUGAAUACAACUUAAAGAAGAGUAAACUGCUGACCAGCGCCAAGACCGCCGCCUUCGUCUACCGUGACUACAUCUACGGAUCUGUCGUCAAUCUCACCAUACUAGAGGUCAUCAAAUGCGUCGUGGGGUCACCCAGGCCCACGUUCUUUGAUUUAUGCCAGCCUGAUAAAGCUAGCACUUGUAAUGAUUCAGAAUACGUGAGCAGCUACACGUGCACGUCGACGCGGUACUCUCGCUACCUGCAGAUCGACUCCAGCCGGAGCUUCCCGUCUGCGCAUGCGUCGCUCGCUAUAUACUGCGGGCUCUUCUUGGCUUGGUACCUCCAAAGGCGGGCGUUCAGCUGGCACAACCGAUCGGUACUCCUAGUGCCGCUCCUCCAAAUUCUGUGCAUCGUGUACGCCGCGGUCUGCGCGCUGAGCCGGAUCAGCGACCACCGGCAUCACUGGUGGGACGUCCUCGUUGGCGGGACUAUGGGUGCCCUUAGUGUGCUGUACACGGUCCUAGUCCUCUGCAAGAACUUCUCUCAGCCAGCCGUGGUCAGUACGAGUGAUAUCUCGAGUAGCGACGGCAACAACCAUCAGUCAGUACGAAGACUGCUCGCGAGCGAGCCGCACGUCGUCGUCACCUAGCCAUCAGCCGUGUAAGCAACAGCUUACUGGACCCAAGACUAUAAGUGAAGUGAGGUGAUUCUAACUUCAACCUUAACUCGAGACUCUGUAGGUUUAAUUUAGAUUGUCAGUUUUACGUAAAUCUGAAAAACUUCAGUGGAUUUUAAGACUUCUAAAUUGAAUUAGAGUUCAAAUGUUUCUGUUGAUCUGAACAAGUGUGUAGGCAUUGCUUGAAUGCAGUUUCGGCCUUUGUGUAAAACAGUAGAGUGCGUGGUAAAUUAAACUUUAAUUGUAGAGAGAAUAGGUUUAGAAUCCAAUGUUCUAGAAUCGUGAUGUUAUUAGUUGUCACUCCUAGAUUUAAAGAAUGAUGUCUUAAAAAUUCACAAUUACAAUGUUCAAAUGUUCGAAAUAGUGUGUGAGGAUAUGAAAAGUUACUGUAAUAAGUAGAUCCGUAAACAAAGUGUCGAAGAAAAUUGUUUUAGAAUUAUCAAAAUACAAAACUAAGCCAUGGUAGUUAGA